AUGGCAUGUUUUGUCCAUAACCGACGAUUUCUUAGUAAAUUUCAUGGUGCUAUCAAUCAAUUACGACAAUCAAAUGAGUUUACUGAAGUUACAUUACGACAACUUCCAAAACGAUGUUGUUCAUGUCCUGAAAAACAAAAUAAUACAACAUUUUCAACAAUAGAACCAUUGUUAACAUCGUUGAAUAUCGAUGCAUUACGUCUUGUAUGUCUUCAAAUGGAAUUUAAAAAAUAUCUUACUACUAAUGAAUUACCAUCACAAUCAAUGAUUAGUAAUUAUACAGUUUUACAUUUUCCUAUUGUACUCGAUUCAAAAGAACAUAUAAAUCUAUUGAAUCAGUUCAUUGAUCUACAAGAUCAACAACUACGUAUUUUAAAACAUAUUCAUCAUGUUGAUUUUCAAUUUGUAACAUCAACCACAUGUGAACAAUUACUAUAUGAAAUUAUUCAAAUAAAAUAUAAUUUAUUAGUUAAAUGUUCAAAUUAUCAAGAGGCCAUUCAAGCUAUCGAUGGAAUUUUGGUUAUUAUUUCAGCAAAAGAUCAAUUACAUGCUGAUAUUGCAAAACAUGCGCUUCAACAACAAUGGUUUCGAUUCAUGAAAAAAAUUGUUUGGUACUCUUCAUGUACGACAUAUAAUUGGCGACAAAAUUUUCCUUCAAAAAUCAAAAUCAAAAAAUCUUCGAAUAAACAACAAUUUAAGAUCAAAAAUAAAAAGAUAUUCAAAAAGAGAGGAACAACAUGGCAACGGAUGCAAGAAAUAAAUGAACUAUCGGAAGAAGAAGAAGAGUAUAUGACUGAACAGUAUUCAGAUGAAGAUGAAGAGAUAUCACCAUCAAUCAAUUCAUGUUUGAACUUUCUUAAUAGUCGAUUUGAAAAUUCUAACAAACUCAGACGUCCACGGACUCAUCGACGACAACAUAUGUUGGCUCUUGCUAUCGCAGCUUAG